AUGUCUGAAUUUUCGACACAACAUGAAGAUGACCAUGUACAGCAUGAGCGAAAGAUUAAUUCUAUAAUCGCGCCCGAAGACGUGGACAAGAUUCUGUGCAAGAAUGUAUCAGAUUUAUCUAUCAUUGAAGAUAGCUGCAUUAUCACACCGCGCUCCUAUCAGUAUGAAAUGCUUGAAGAGAGCUUAAAAAAAAACAUCAUCUUAGCUAUGGACACAGGCUCUGGAAAAACCCAGGUAGCUAUUAUGCGAAUGAAAUAUGAGCUGGAACGUAUUCCACCACACAAGUUUAUUUGGUUCUUAGCACCGACUGUCACUCUCAGCAGGCAGCAUUUUGAGAAUAUAAAGCUACAGAUCACAUCGGUUGAAAAAAAAUUCAUUUGUGGUGAUGACAAGGUAGAACUAUGGGUAAAUCAAAGUCAUUGGGACUCUAUCCUCCACAAUAUUUCGAUUGUUGUUUCUACAUAUCAAAUCCUGACAGACGCACUUACUCAUGGCUUUGUCAAAAUGAAAGAUUUAGCUUUGAUAAUCUUUGAUGAAGCUCAUAAUUGUGUGGGGAACAGCCCAGGAGCAAAAAUUAUGAAUCACUUCUAUCACCCACGAAAAGCUGCCAGUAAGUAUGUUCCCUGUAUUCUCGGACUAACAGCAAGUCCAGUAAUGGGCUCCAAAGUAAGCUCGUUGAUCCAGAUUGAGAAAACAUUAGAUGCAUUGAGUCGAACACCUACCAAAACUCGAACAGCUCUACAACGAUCAGUUAAUCGUCCGGUCCUUUCUCAAGUACAUUAUGACUCCUCGAUUUUUGAACCAGACUUAGUAUCUGAUGGUAAUUUAUCUAUUAAACCAUUGCAAAGUAUCCAAACUGUGUUAUCGGACUACGAAAUCACAGAAGAUCCUUGGUACAUUCAUCUAUCAAAGAAAAAUGAUCCAAGAAGUCAGAGAGAGCUCGCCAAGCUUAAGCUCAAUCAAAAAACAUGGUGCUAUAAGGAACUGGGAAGAAUAUAUAACUCUGCAUGUAGUGUCCAUAUGGAAUUGGGUAUUUGGGCAGUUAACUACUACUUAUCUGAAGCUGUCAAAAACGUAAGGAGUCUCGGAAGUAUGAACGAAAGUUUAUUCUUUCCUGGAAAUGAUACCCUGCAGACAUCUGAAAGGAAUCAUUUAUCUAAAAUCAUGGGGCAAAUUGAAACAUACGAAUCUCUUCCUCGCGACAUAGUUAGUAUCUCGAAUAAGGUUUCCAAGGUGAUUGAUAUUCUCCAUAAGCUGCCUAGUGACUCUUCAGGUAUUGUAUUUGUUCAGGAAAGGGUAGUUGCCAUAACUCUCACAAAACUACUUACUAUUCAUCCCCUUACCCGCAAUCGGUUGAGGGUCGGAAGUUUUGUCGGAACAUCCAACUACGAAACAAGAUCUGUAAAACCAUCUGAAUUUAUAGAUAAGAGCUUACAGGCAAAUGCACUAUCAGACUUUAAAACUGGGAAGAUCAAUAUCUUAAUCGCAACUAGCGUAUUGGAAGAGGGUAUAGACGUUCCAAUUUGUAAUCUCGUCCUAUGUUUCCAGAAACCAGCAAACCUUAAGUCUUUUGUUCAGCGACGAGGUCGUGCUAGACAUGUGGAGUCAAAAAUGAUACUUCUCAUUGACUCCUUGUGUAAAAAUCAGAUCACUCAGUUCGAAGAGCUUGAAAUGCAAAUGAAGGAAAUUUACAGCGAUGAAUCACGUAGCCUACAAGAGCAAUCAGCGUUGGAAGAAGAAGAUAGUUUAACUACGCGAUUUUUCCGCGUCGAAAAAUCUGGUGCAGUUCUUGACUUAGACAAUGCUGUCUCGCACCUGUACCAUUUCUGUAACACCAUUCCCACGGAUAAGUUUGUUGAUAGGCGUCCAGAAUUUAUUAAUUCCAAAAAGAACGGAAAAUAUCGGUGCAAAGUUAUUCUUCCACUUUCUGUCCACGAAACUAUACGAACAGCCGAAAGCCUUCAUGCAUGGGGAUCAGAAAAAAAUGCUAUCAAAGAUGCCGCCUUUGAAGCAUACAUAGGCUUGUAUAAUGCAGGUCUAGUUUCAGAUAAUAUGCUACCCGUGAUGAAAGCAGAUAUGACGAGUGGAUUGGACGCUACAAUUGAAACCCGACCUAGUCUUGUCAGCGUCCGCAUGCCUAUGAAUCCUUGGAUUGAUGUAGCUAGAGCUUGGACAGACAACUUGAGCACACUCUACCGAUCUACAGUGACAUUUGAUGGGCUGAACGUUGGUCUAUUUUCCCCAAUUCCAAUGCCAGGAAUCAAGUCAAUUCCUAUUUAUUGGGACAAUGACACAACAAUAAACAUCUCCAUAAGUGACUCUCCAACAAGCAUGAAUGCAGACUCCUACUUGCUGACACACCUGCAAGAGGAGACCAGUGCAUUGUUCCUAUCAGCAUUUCCCACAAAAAAUUUUUGCGUGGAAGAACUUGUCUUGAAGUUUCAGAUCAAUCAAGAUAAGCCAUUAAAUUCUAUGCUCGAGUGUAGAUCAGUUCCAGAAAAUGUCAGUACUAUCAAAGACCUUGGGCUUAUACGGGAUCAUCAAAAUAUAGCUUACAUGUUCCGAGAGCUACUUCCUCAUAAGCCCGAUAGCCGCAGUGUCCGAAAGUUAUUCGAAGGAUACGAAAAUUACCCGAGUGAAGUUUCAUAUCUUUCUCUUCACCGUUUACCUCGUCGGCUAGAUUUUCUGCACCCAGUAGCACAAGACGCCCAACCUACUUCAGAAAAGUUAUACUCAUAUGUAUUACCUGUUCAAAACUGUAGAAUGGACAGAGUACCAUUCAGGGUCGUACAAUUUGGUAUGAUGGUUCCGUGCAUCAUUCGACAGAUAGAAAUUCGUUUGAUUGCAAGUAAACUUUGUCAAGAAUUACUGAGCAAUAUUCAAGUAUCCGACUUGUCCCUAGUCUUGACUGCCAUCUGUGCGAGUAACGCUAACGAAGCCACUAACUAUCAACGGUUAGAAUUUCUCGGUGAUACGGUUUUGAAAACAUGUGUCUCAAUUCAUAUUAUGGCUAAAAAUCCAUUAUGGCAUGAGGGGACACUUUCGCUACAGAAAGAUCAUCUCGUCUCAAAUUCAAGGCUGGCCCGAGCCGCCAUUGAAGUUGGACUCGAUAAAUAUAUCAUUAAUAGAAAAUUUACUGGCGCAAAAUGGAAGCCUAUCAAUGUGAAAGAUAUUUUGGGAGUUUUAGAGACCGAAAGAAGAGAAAUGUCAACUAAAACGCUCGCAGACGUGGUUGAGAGCUUAAUCGGUGCAUGCAUGUUGGAUGGUGGCUUUCAAAAGGCUUUAGCUUGUCUAGAAGUAUUUUUACCGGAAUUAAAAUGGCAGCCGUUGGAUGUCUGCCGAACUAGCCUUUACGAUCAGGCUCCUCACAUGGUGCGCAGUCCCAAACUAGAACCUGUCGAGUCUAUUCUCGGCUACACAUUUGAGAAGCAAUCUCUCCUUGUUGAGGCUCUCUCUCACCCUAGCUACCAUCUAGGCUCAUCUUCAUACGAGCGCCUCGAGUUUCUAGGUGACUCUCUCCUCGAUUUUAUAAUCGUCCAAGAGAUGAUACCUCACAAUUUAUCACACAUCCGGAUGCAUGAACUACGUACCGCAAUCGUAAAUGCCGACUUCUUAGCCACAAUAAGUAUGGAACUGCACUACUCGCGAGAAGUAAAUGAUAUCAAGCCGAGCUAUGAUGCACCGGGUCAAAAAGAUUCAUACAAAUUCGCUAUUCCCACGUGUACACCACAUACUCGUUACGUUAAAGUGCCUUUGUAUCGGUUCAUGCGACAUAACUCCGUGCCUAUUUCAACAUUGCAAAACGAGACGUUUCAGCGCUAUAGCACGAUGCGUGAUGAAAUAAAAUAUGCUUUCGAGAAUGGCACACAGUAUCCCUGGUCGAUGCUUUCUAGUCUCAAAGUGGAAAAAUUCUUCUCUGACAUGAUUGAAGCACUUUUGGGAGCUGUGUGGAUCGAUUCAGGUAGCUUAACUACCGUUCGUGAAGUUAUUAAGCGCAUGGGAAUCCUAGACCUCUUGCAUCGCGCAAUUGCCGAAAAAAUGGAUCUUGAGCACCCUAAGAUACGAUUGGGCAAGUUAGCCGAUCAGGAGAAGGUCCAUUAUGUGUUUGAAGUAGGAGAGGGCGGAGCAGAGCCAAAAUGCUCUAUAAAAGUAGGGGAGGUGCUGGUUGCGAGUAUAUGCGGCGGAUAUAGUCGGUUUGAAAUGGAGACACGUGCUGCCAUAAAUGCUAUUGAAUUUAUAAAGAAAAAGAGCUGCUUUGGAGAUCAAGCUGAUCUGAAAGAAUAA